AUGAGAUGCUCCGCCAGCUUCCUUUUUUCCGACACUCCUCCGGCUUCUGCUGGCAGUGCUUCGGAUCAGCGCCAGCACUCGUUGCGUCCUCCUCCUUUGGCCACAGGCCACCUAGACCGCGAAGGCCAGACAGGCCUGGAUGUCAGAAGAAUGUGCCCAUCAGUGGAUCGUCCAAGCAGCCGCCGCAUCAGUUGGCGCAGCCGUGCCCCUCGCCCUGUCACGGUUCGCCAACUCUGCCGCGCUAUUCUCGGUAUGGAUCAUGCUGGCGUCUGCACGGCAGCGGUCGGGAAGCCCUGCAGUCGCCACGCCACGCAGGAACCGCAGACUCGUGUGCUCUCGUCAGCGUCAACGUCUAGUGCGUCUGCACUGUGUGAAGAAGACGACAAAGUGCGCGGUGACAGACACGGUUUGCGCGAGGUUGUCACCGCUGCCCGUCUGGGCGAGAGCACCAUUCAGCUGGAUGCGGCCGCGUGCCACCGCGUUGUCGUGUGUGGCCGCAUUGUGCGCUGCAUUGACGCCUUUUCCAACGGUAGCGUCGCCGCUGCAGCAGGGGCCGUCGCAUCUUCCAUGUCUCCAACUGUGGUUCCAUACGACCUCUUGUGGCUCUCCGACGCCACCGGUGUCGUUUGCGUGUUGCGGCUCCGUCCUGUUCUUGUGCACGGGCGCACAUCGCCUCCUUCCCCCUGUCGCUUGUUCGGUGGAUGGUCAAGCGGGUCCGCGCGCGAUGGGCGCAGCGAUGCACUGGGCGCCGCUGGUGUUGGACUAUCAGGCGUCUUCGCCGCUGUUGACACCGGCGGAACUGCGCCUUCUCCCAUGUCUGCAGCGGCACGCGCGUCGCUGUCGGACUGCAACCCAUGCUCGCCUGUGCCUGAGGAAUGGCGGUGCCCUAGUGACUUGGGCAUUGGCGAGGUGACACGCAAGGCCAUCAGUUGGGGCACAGACGCGACAGCAGCUAUGGUAGACCUUGGGCUCGAGUAUGAGGAUGACUACGCCCUCGGUGUCAACGACUACGUGGUGUGUGUAGGGUCUCUUGCCUUCGCCGACGUUGAUGUACAGACGAGGCAUGCUCUGCAGCCGUAUGCCAGCGAUCUACGCCAGGCUACCUGGGCUGCAGCCACGUCGUCGCGGUCACCCUUCUCUGCCUUCCCGGGCGACGCAGCAUCCUUCAUCGGCACUGGCGAUGCCUCGGGUGACGCGGGCUGCCUUGCGUGCGGUGCAGAUGGAAGAGAUGCCGCUACCGAGGAGGAGGGAGCUGCGGCUAGCGUGCGACGCCGCUCAGUGCCAGUACCGCCGCCGCGGCAGGCGUUCGUGUUACUCCCAGGCAGCGAGGUGCCGCUGACGCUGGACGCGGCACGGGCGCAGCUGGGCUUGGUUGGAUCGCUGCCAGCGAGCGCCCAUUACCUCACCGCUGCUGAAGCCGUACAGUGGGGCUGCACACCUUUUGAUCACGCCGCCUCGAGCUCAACACCGUUGCCAUUCUCGGCAUCCGAACUCCGCGACCAGGGCGGUGGAAGGAAGCUAGCGACAUCUGCCGGCUGCGUCACCUCAACGGCACCCGCCUGUGCAGGGGCUGACAUGAAUGCAGUACCGCUCAUGGGCAUCAAGGGAUAUCCACGCCUCGUGCUUGACACGAACGAAUGCUUGUUUUGGUGGCUGGCGGCGGCCGAGACACACGUGCGCUUGCGCGCACGCGCGUCCGCCCCCUCGGCCAGUGUCUGCGCCGACCGCUCCCCGACCUCUCCCUUCGUGCAUGGAUACCGCUCAUGA